AUGUAUGUGGCAUAUAAUGAAAAAGUUGAAAAAAAGAUAUCAGAUGAUUUAUUUACUAACACAGACUUUAGAAAAAGGUUUUCAAAGCUUGUUUGGGACAUUAAUAUGAAACCUGAUGUUUUUGACGUAAAGUGGGGUUUGCUUAUGAAGGAAUUCAAUCUUGAAGACACAAGAUGGUUUAAAGACAUGUUUACAAUACAAAGUGGGAACUUACUUUUGAGUUUCAUGAUGAAUUACGACACUGGCAUUCAAAAGCAAAGGAAUACUCAACGAGAUCUUGAUAAGGCAUCAAAGAAAGCAUCAUAUAAAAUGCAAACACCUCAAGAAAUAGAACUGCAAGCAUCAAAGGUUUAUACAAAUGGUUGGGAAGUUUACAUUGUGCAGCACAACAACAGUAAAAGUGAUUUUAAAAAUGAAUUGAAGGUUGAAAUAAAAGCUGAAGAAAAAGAAAUAAAUUGUAGUUGUGAACAUUUUAAGCGUAUGGGUGUUUUAUGCAAACAUGCUUUUACAAUAAUGAUGAGAUGUGGUGUUAAAGAAAUUCCUGAAAGGUACAUUUUGAAGAGAUGGAGAAAGGAUGUAAUAUCAAGAAAUUAUCGUUUUAGUUCUGUUCAAUCCGAUUCAGGUGAUUGUGAGAAUGUAAAGCUAGCCAAUGAUUCAUAUUAUAGUUUUGAAUCAUGUUUGGAUAUUGUAAGAGAUGACAAAAAGAUAUUGGCUUUGUUUGCUGAGAAGCAACAAAUGUUGUUGAAGGAAUUUGAGAGUUAUUAUAUUUCUCCUGGAUUGAAAAGCAACACAGAUGGUGAAGUUGUAUGCAAGCUUUUGGGUGUUACUAUUCCUAUUCCAGAAGAGAUUAAUAUUCAUGAUCCUGAAGUUCAAAGCAAUAAAGGUUCUGGAAUCAAGAAAAGAAUUCCAAGUGCAGGUGAAGUAGCAUAUGAAAAUUCUAAAAAAGAACAUAGAAUGUGUUUAGGAUGUGGAAAACGAGUUCCACACAAUUUACUUACUUGUCCAGAAAGAGUUGGAGCUGCUAAAUCAGCAAAAAGACAGGGAUUUUUUAGUGUUUUUUUAUGUUUUUUGGUUUAA